AUGGCGGAAGCUCAUGAGCACGAGACGUUCGAGACGGCCGAUGCCGGGGCCUCCAAGACCUAUCCCAUGCAGGCCGGCUCCAUCCGCAAGAACGGCUUCAUUGUCAUCAAACAAAGGCCCUGCAAGGUUGUUGACGUUUCAACAUCCAAGACCGGGAAGCACGGCCACGCCAAGUGCCACUUCGUCGCAAUUGACAUCUUCACGGGCAAGAAGUAUGAGGAUCUCACGCCUUCGUCGCACAAUUGUGAGGUGCCCAACGUUGUUCGACAGGAGUUCACACUCAUCGCUGUCGACGAAGAGGGAUACGUGACACUCAUGGACGACUCUGGCAACACGCGAGAAGAUCUGAUGCUUCCAACAGGCACGGAGGAGGCUGACAAACUGGCAGGCAAUAUCAAGGAUUAUUAUGCCGAUGGAAAGGAAAUGUUGGUCACCGUCCUAAAGGCCAUGGGCGAAGAGAUGAUCAACCAAGUUAAGGUCAUCGCUGAACAGUGA